CCGUCUCUGGAGUUGCCCAGUUGUGACAUUCCUCUCUAUAUUCUGAGAGAAGGUGCCAUUCCUCUUCGCUCCCCUCCUCUCGAGGCAAAGAUGCUUGCCGUCUUCAGUGGUGCAGUUGUCAGAGCUCCCGAAGAGCUCGUCCUAGCCGGCAACCGUACCCCCACACCGAAGAAGUCGGCGAACAGGCUUUUCGACACCUUCGUCCGAAAAUUCUCUUCUUCGGUUGCCAUAAACAUCGACCCACUCGCGCGAAUUUCCUACACCCAUGAAACCGAAUCCUCGAUGCAGCCAAGGUCAUUUGCUGUGAAGGAUGAUAUCUUUUGCACGUUUGAGGGGGCUUUGGAGAACCUUGCGAGCCUAAGGCAACAAUAUGGGCUAGGAAAGAAUGCGAACGAGGUGGUUUUGGCAAUGGAGGCAUAUCGGACUCUGAGGGACCGAGCUCCUUAUUCGACUAACCACAUGCUCUCGCACCUCGUUGGCAAUUUUGCCUUCAUCAUCUUCGACAGGUCUGCGUCCAGCGUUUUCAUCGCAUCGGACCAAGAUGGCAAGAUUCCCUUGUUCCUGGGGAUAACGGCUGAUGGAUGUCUUGCUUUCUCCAACGAUGCUGAGAUACUUAGAGAUGCUUGUGGGAAAUCAUUGGCAUCAUUUCCUCCAGGGUGCUUUUUCUCGACGAGCACCGGUCUUCGAAGCUAUGAGCAUCCAAAGAACAAGGUCACUGCAGUACUGGCCGCAACGGAGGAGGAGAUUUGUGGUGCAACUUUCAAGAUUGAGAGACCAAACAUGCAACCAACAGAUGUUCUGCGUUAACUGAUGGAACACCAGUUAAUAAUCUACAUGUCGUAAGAAAUAAUAGUAUUAGUCAUGGGUCGCUAGCUAUGUUGGGUUGUUAUGGUGAUCGCAAAGGAAGAGCGUUUCAUGUGAAAAAAACUUUAAAUUUGUCUCUUCUGAAGCAUUCUUCCUUCCAAUAACGAGAACCUUUUGCUUUUGCUUUGACUACAUAUCCACCCUCCUGCAUCCAUGUUCUUAUCUAUCCAUCUUAUCCUUUGUUCCUUUUCAACUUGUCAGCUUACGUCCUCCUGGCUUGGGAGUCAUGGCCCACCAACUAGGGCGAUGAAGACAAGACGUACUCGCUAGCUUCACCACGUCACUAGAGUUGUAAACUUCACCAUUUUGUCUUGAAUAAUAUGGCUUAACCUGAUAUAUAAAGUGGCUGUUGUGAAUGAUGCAUCUUGGCCA